ACUACACAACACUGAUUUAAUUGUCAUUUAUAUUAUUAUAUUAUAAAUUUUCUUUAAUUGAAAUAAAUUCUUAUAUAUACUUAUGGCUCGAAAAAUAUCAGAUACAGCAAGAAAGUUUUUAAUGUUAGGUCAAUGCGUACCUACUGUUAAACAAAAUGCUACUAAAAUUAGAGUAAAGAGGUUAGAAUUGGACGAAAAUUUAUUGAUGUACUUUAGAAACGACGAAUUUUAUUACUGCCAUGAUCCUGAUAAGAUAUGCAAGACUGGAGAUAUUGUACUCAUACAGGCUUUACCACAGAAGCUAACAAAGCUCAUAACGCACCAAGUAAAAGAAGUGGUGUAUCCCUUUGGUGAUGUUACAGACCCAGUCACUGGGAAGAAGGUUGCCAAAGAGAGGUAUAGAGAAGACAUCGAGAGGGAAGCAGAAUUAUAUGGAAAAACGAAUUCUACAUUUGAUUUCAAUAAAGCACCUCCAAGAGGUUGGCAGGAUGGGAAAAAGGAUUUCACAUCUAAGCCUACUUACACCAAAUUUCAUGUUUUUGAUGAAAAUGAUCCUUAUGCCAUAUAAUAUAUUUAUAUUAGUUGUAGUUUAGUGUAAUUUUAUGAAUAAGAUUAUUAUAUAGAUCAAAUUUGAAUAUUGUUUAAUUGCUUCCUUUCAGGUAUAUAAGAAUUAUAUUGAGUAAUUUUUAUCACAUAAUUGACAAGGAAUAACUGUGAUCCUUACCAAUAGCAAUAAAAAAGUACUGAUAGAAUGCAAUUAUUCUUCCAUAUAGUAACUAAUGUAAAUAAUACAAUAGAGUAUAUAUAUAACUUGAAAGUAAUGUAGUACAAUAACCUUACGUUAUA